ACCUCAGUGAUGGCGGGGAUAGCAUCCAAACUGCAGCACGACCGGGAGAAGGCGCAGGGCAUCGGUUCCAACGCGCGGGCGGUCAAAUAUCUCGGUCAGGACUUCGAGGCGCUGAAAGCCAGUUGUCUUGAACUCGGGCAGCUUUUUCAAGAUGAGCUUUUCGAAGCGAUCCCUGUGUCCCUUGGAUUCAAAGAUCUUGGACCAAAUUCCAGUAAAGUUCGUGGUAUCAAAUGGAUGCGACCGAUGGAGUUGACCUUUAAUCCCCAAUUUAUAGCUGGAGGGGCCACAAGGACAGACAUCUGCCAGGGGGCACUGGGUGACUGCUGGCUGUUAGCAGCUAUAGCUUCUUUGACCCUCAACAAACAGGUGUUGUCCCAGGUGGUUCCCAACGGACAGAGCUUCGACAAGGAUUAUGCUGGCAUCUUUCACUUUGAUUUCUGGCAGUUUGGUGAGUGGGUGGACGUGGUGGUUGAUGACCGGCUGCCCACCAGAGUUGGAGAGCUGCUGUUUGUUCACUCGGCCCAGGGCUCUGAGUUCUGGAGCGCCCUGCUGGAGAAGGCCUACGCCAAGCUGAAUGGAUGCUAUGAGGCUCUCUCCGGAGGCUCUACCACUGAGGGUUUUGAGGACUUCACCGGGGGCAUCGCUGAGGUCCAUGAAUUGAGGAACGCUGGACCGAAACUCUUCAAGAUCAUCAGGAAAGCUCUGAGCAGAGGCUCCCUGCUAGGCUGCUCUAUCGAUAUCAGUAACCUAGCUGACUCGGAGGCCAUCACGUCUAGUAAGCUGGUGAGGGGUCAUGCCUACUCUCUAACUGGAGCAGAACUGGUGUCGUACAGAGGAGACUCCCUGCAGCUGGUCAGGGUGCGUAACCCCUGGGGACAGGUGGAGUGGACUGGAGCCUGGAGCGACAAUUCCUCAGAGUGGUACCAUGUCAGUGAUGAAGACCGGGCCAGACUGAUCAACACAUCUGAAGAUGGAGAGUUCUGGAUGUCGUUCUCAGACUUCCUCAGUCAGUACUCGCGUCUGGAGAUCUGUAACCUUACACCGGACACCCUCUCAGAAGAUGAGUACCAGAAUUGGGCCCUUAACAAGUUUGAAGGCGCCUGGAGGAAAGGUUCCACAGCCGGGGGCUGCCGUAACUUCCCCAAUUCAUUCUGGCAGAACCCCCAGUUUGUGAUCAAGCUGGACGAAGAGGAUGAUGAUCCUGACGACGAUGAGGCUGGCUGUACCUUCCUCGUUGGACUGAUCCAGAAGAACAGACGCAGGAUGAGGAAGACAGGAGAGGACAUGAAGACCAUUGGAUUCUCCAUCUAUAAGGUGAAGUAUGUUUGGGAUUAA